AUGGUGGACCUCCUUAUGGAACCAGCAAGCGAGGCAUCUAGUGCUCCAAUGGUGGACAUCUUUAUGGAACCAGCAAGCGAGGCAUCUAGUGCUCCAAUGGUGGACCUCCUUAUGGAACCAGCAAGCGAGGCAUCUAGUGCUCCAAUGGUGGACCUCCUUAUGGAACCAGCAAGCGAGGCAUCUAGUGCUCCAAUGGUGGACCUCCUUAUGGAACCAGCAAGCGAGGCAUCUAGUGCUCCAAUGGUGGACCUCCUUAUGGAACCAGCAAGCGACGACUUAAAGGAGCCCCCCAAACCCGACAUCAUCGACCCAUUGGCUGACAUUAUCAACGACACUCCACUCAGUGAAGUCAAAACACCAGUUGUUGCUAUGGCCCAGGAGCCACCGAGCGACCUCUUCAAUGAUGAGCCUAGCGACCUUUUCGCUGAACCACGACCGAGUAACACCGCCAAGCAACCACAAACUAGCAUAUUCGAAGAACCUGACGAGGACCUCUUCAGCGAACCACUGGGUGAGGCCUUGAAGAAACCUCAGAAUGUCUUCAAAGAAGCAUUUGCACCAGUGGCCAAAGCUAGCAAUGUCUGCGGUCCUCUGAGUGACAACUACAAUGAGGACCCCACUGAUAUAUUCACUGAGGAGGCCAUCACUACUGUCCCUAGUGCAGUCAAUACCAUUUCCGUCAACUCCAAGACCAACGGAGUCCACUCCGAUGAGGAGGAACCUGAUAUAUUUGCAGGUAAGAAUUUACAGAUUAUUAAUCAGAUUUCAAAUGAUACAUUUUAAUGUGCUAUAUUUGCUUCGGGCUUGAAACAAGCAGUGAAAUGAACAAGAACUGUGUGUGUGCAUGCCAUUAGGGCUGAUAAGGAAACUGCUGUCUCAGCGUUGUGCCGUUAGUAAGAGGAAAGCUGGAACAGGACUUUCACUGACAUUAAUACACAGACAAGAGUAGUAACAUCCUGGUGUUGAUCACGAGGAAUGUGGCCCCUCUCACGUGUACUCACACACACUCACCUGACCAGAAGACUGGAGUGAAAUAUUAGUCAAAAUCUUCAAUUGAUUCUCCCGUUGGCUUUUCCACUACAGUCUCAAAAACUAUUGACGAUAUGAUUUAGUCUGGAAGAAGAGUGCUAUUUUCACUAUUCCCUGACAGAGAUAGGGCCUCUUGUAGUCAGAUCUUCCAGACCUUUGAGUGAGUUUGUGGUGCAUUGAGAUGGAUUAGGCCAUAAAGUCUUGUUUGCAUGUCACUACGAUCCAUUCAUUGGUGCUUGCAUACAUAUAUACAGUACCAGUCAAAAGUGAUGGAGUGCUGCAUCAGAUGACCUGGCCUCCACAAUCACCCGACUUCAACCCAAUUGAGAUGGUUUGGGAUGAGUUGGACCGCAGAGUGCAGGAAAAGCAGCCAAAAGGGCUCCGCAUAUGUGGGAACUCCAAGACUGUUGGAAAAGCAUUCCUCAUGAAGCUGGUUGAGAGAAUGCCAAGAAUGUGCAAAGCUGUCAUCAAGGCAAAGGGUGGCUAUUUGAAGAAUCUCAAAUAUAAAAUAUAUUUUAAUGUGUUUAACACUUUUUUUGGUUACUACAUGAUUCCAUAUGUGUUAUUUCAUAGUUUUGAUGUCUUCACUAUUAUUCUACAAUGUAAAAAUAAAGUAAAACCCUUGAAUGAGUAGGUGUGUCCAAACUUUUGACUGGUUUUGUGUGUGUGUAUGUAUAUAUAUAUAUAUACGUAUAUAUAUAUAUAUAUAUAUAUAUACGUAUAUAUAUAUACGUGUGUAUGUAUGUAUGUAUGUAUGUAUGUAUGUAUGUAUGUAUGUAUGUAUGUAUGUAUGUAUGUAUGUAUGUAUGUAUGUAUGUAUGUAUGUAUGUAUGUAUGUAUGUAUGUAUGUAUGUAUGUAUGUAUGUAUGUAUGUAUGUAUGUAUGUAUGUAUGUAUGUAUGUAUGUAAUGUAUGUAUGUAUGUAUGUAUGUAUGUAUGUAUGUAUGUAUGUAUGUAUGUAUGUAUGUAUGUAUGUAUGUAUGUAUGUAUGUAUGUAUGUAUGUAUGUAUGUAUGUAUGUAUGUAUGUAUGUAUGUAUGUAUGUAUGUAUGUAUGUAUGUAUGUAUGUAUGUAUGUAUGUAUGUAUGUAUGUAUGUAUGUAGUAUGUAUGUAUGUAUGUAUGUAUGUAUGUAUGUAUGUAUGUAUGUAUGUAUGUAGUAUGUAUGUAUGUAUGUAUGUAUGUAUGUAUGUAUGUAUGUAUGUAUGUAUGUAUGUAUGUAUGUAGUAUGUAUGUAUGUAUGUAUGUAUGUAUGUAUGUAUGUAUGUAUGUAUGUAUGUAUGUAUGUAUGUAUGUAUGUAUGUAUGUAUGUAUGUAUGUAUGUAUGUAUGUAUGUAUGUAUGUAUGUAUGUAUGUAUGUAUGUAUGUAUGUAUGUAUGUAUGUAUGUAUGUAUGUAUGUAUGUAUGUAUGUAUGUAUGUAUGUAUGUAUGUAUGUAUGUAUGUAUGUAUGUAUGUAUGUAUGUAUGUAUGUAUG